AUGAGUUUCUACCAUGAUCUAAAUGACAACAACGACACAAGUGAUAGAGAGCCCUCAGACGUAGAAUACAACGAGGAUCUUGACGACGCCGAUUCUCUUGCCUCACUUGCAAGCAGCAACCAAGAACAUACUAUAGAACAAGUCCUAGCUGAGAAUACUCGGACAGAUUGGGAGUCGAAUUUACAAGGCGGCACACUUCAUCGCUGGGUUCUCAUAAAGUGGACAAACAGCCCAGUACUCGAAUCAAGCUGGGAACACUACUCCAUCCUCGACGAUUAUCCCACUGUUCGCGAGGACUGGGAAGUUGAACUGAGGCGGCAAACAGACGGCAAAUCAGUUCCUUUCGACCUCGUAGAGUUCAAUUUAAAACUGAGGGAACAAGAAGUUCUCAGGCGCCAACGACGAAAGCUGCGCCGUUUCCGAAGGCACAUCGAGCAUAUCUUAUCAGUCCUCGAGACAGACUAA